GCGGCGUCCCUGUCAUGGCGGCCUCCACGCUGCUGUCGGCGUGGGGCCCUCUACGGCCCGGCGUCCCCGGCCUGUGCCGCUGCCGGCAGCCCAGGGGCCUGUGGGCGAACGCAUGGCGGCUUCCGGAGCCCGCGGGGUCCGGGCGGAGCGUGGCCGCGGUCAGCGGACCUGGCACCUCGGGCACUGACCGCUACUGCUUGGAGCUGCUGCGGAAACGAGAUUAUGAAGGCUAUUUAUGCUCCCUGCUACUCCCUGCAGAAUCCAGAAGCUCUGCUUUUGCACUGAGAGCUUUCAAUGUGGAACUGGCUCAGGUUAAGGACUCUGUCUCUGAGAAAACAAUUGGACUGAUGAGAAUGCAGUUUUGGAAAAAAACUGUGGAUGAUAUAUACUGUGACAGUCCACCACAUCAGCCUGUGGCCAUUGAACUAUGGAAGGCUGUCAAAAGACAUAAUCUGACUAAAAGAUGGCUUAUGAAAAUCAUUGAUGAAAGAGAAAAAAAUUUGGAUGACAAAGCAUAUCGUAACAUCCAGGAACUGGAAAAUUAUGCUGAAAACACACAGAGCUCUCUUCUUUAUCUAACACUAGAAAUAUUGGGUAUAAAGGAUCUUCAUGCAGAUCAUGCCGCAAGUCACAUUGGAAAAGCACAAGGCAUUGUAACUUGCUUGAGAGCAACGCCGUAUCAUGGUAGCAGAAGAAGAGUAUUCCUUCCCAUGGAUAUUUGUAUGCUGCAUGGUGUUUCACAAGAGGAUUUUCUACGGAAGAGCCAAGAUAAAAAUGUGAGAGAUGUAGUAUAUGACAUGGCCAGCCAGGCACACUUGCACCUAAAGCAUGCUAGGUCCUUCCACAAAAGUGUUCCUGUGAAAGCAUUUCCUGCUUUCCUUCAGACGGUUGCUCUGGAGGAUUAUUUAAAGAAAAUUCAACAAGUGGAUUUUGAUAUAUUCCACCCAUCUUUACAGCAGAAGAAUACUUUACUUCCAUUAUCUUUGUAUAUUCAGUCAUGGAGAAAAAGAUAUUAAAAUAAUUUCGUGGCACUGAUAUUUACUUUUAUUAGUUUUACAAAAGUGUACUAGUUUAGGGUUCUUGUUUACAAACAACAGGAACUGUUUACUGUUUAAGGAGAAAAUUCACUUAUUGGAUGAGUGUGUAGGUCACAGAAUUAAUGAGAAGUUGCUGUACACUAGUACAAAAGUGUACUAGUUUAGGGUUCUUGUUUACAAACAACAGGAACUGUUUACUGUUUAAGGAGAAAAUUCACUUAUUGGAUGAGUGUGUAGGUCACAGAAUUAAUGAGAAGUUGCUGUGGGGCCGUGAUGCCCAGAUUCUGCUGCAGGCACUGCCCUUGUCACCAGCAGCCCAGACAGUGUCUGCUGUGCCAUCCCUGCAGAGUCCGAGCCCCAGGAAGGAGUAUCGUUUUAGCUGUGUUUAGGCUGCAGGCCAUGCUUCAGCCACCAGAGGGCAGGGGGAAGCACGUCUCCUCCCGUCCUCACCCUUGGAGAAGAAUGGGGAAGGGGCUCAAGAAGUACUAGGUUUGCAUGCUGAGCAGCCAAAACCCAGGCGUCCAGGACAGCUGGGAAAUGCAUUUAUUUAGGGAUCAUGAAGAGUGAAGUUAAUAUUUGAGGAGUGUCAGUCUCUGUGUUGAGGGCCUUGUAUCUCUAACAUUUAAUCUUUACCACCCUGUGAAAAUUUGUCCAUGAUGAUAAAAUAACUUCUUUCAAGAGCUCGAACCCUAACUUGACUUUAGAUCUGGCCGAUUUGAAGGCUUUUACUUUUUUGUUUACCCUUUUGCUUCACUCUCUAUUACUGAGCAUUAUCAUCAUGAACAAAACUGUAUUAACAAAAUGUGUAUUAAUGUAGGGCUUCCCUGGUGGCGCAGUGGUUGGGAGUCCGCCUGCCGACGCAGGGGACACGGGUUCGUGCCCCGGUCCGGGAAGAUCCCACGUGCCGCGGAGCGUCUGGGCCCGUGAGCCAUGGCCGGUAAGCCUGCGCAUCCGGAGCCUGUGCUCCGCAACGGGAGAGGCCACAACAGUGAGAGGCCCGUGUACCACAAAAAAAAAAAAAAAAGUGUAUUAAUGUAAAUUAAAUUAACAAAAUUGUAUUGAACAUUCAUUAAGGGGAUACUACAUUUUUAAAAACUACUAUACUAGUUGAGCUUCCCACUAAAAAGCUCUGUGCUGUAUACUUUACAGUGUUCUCAUCUGAUCUUCAAAACUGUGAAACAAGGAACAUUUUUGGUAAUUAAAAAUUUUUAAUUAUAACAUACAUACUAAUUGCAAAAACCAAAAUUGUUUACAUUGCUGGUAGUUGGCAGAUCUGGACUCUGAGUCUCUGACUCCUAAAACCAGAAUUAUGCCCUAGUUUCCUUUUCCUUUCUUUUUAGUGGUCAUGUUUCCUGCGCACUCCCACCUCCGCUGUACCAUUUCUCUAUGCCAUCUCAAGCCUUUGGUUUCAGCUAUGAAUUAGUGCCUACUUCAAUUGUGAAUUAAUGAUGGCUUAAAGUAUUACACUUUUGUAAAUAAAAUUCAAAUGGAAAACUGCCUGAGGGCAAGAAUACAUAGUUUUAUUCAUCUUAGGAUUCCCCCAGCACCUCGUAUGGCUUCUGAUUUAGAGCAAGUGGAGAUUAAUAAAUAUAUAAAUGAAUGAACAUACAGUGCUGUUGUUUAUGUUAGUGUACUUUUGGUUUAUACUGAUGCCAAAAGAAUAUCCUCUUAUUUAAUCCUGUGGCUUUAGAGAGCUUAAAGCUUAUCUAAAAGAGGAAAAUCCAGGGAAGUGGGACACAUUUCCUCUUGGGAUUCUGAAUGGUCCAGAGUUGAAAAUUCAUUAGAGAUAGUCUUUAUUAGUAAGAAUUGUCUGUGGCUCUUAGCAGGUUAAAUCUGGCAGCAAUCAAUCGCUAAGCAUCUUAGUUCCUAUCUAAGAAGGGUUAAAAAGAGGGGUUUAAACACUCAACUGGAUUACUGGAUUUUUUACUGGCUCAGAAGCCAAUUUACUUUAAGUAAAUAAUUUCAAAAUAGUUUCUAAGCUGUUUGAAAUUUGAUGCUUAGAGAGUUGGAUGAACUGACGUUUCCAGUCUCCUAGAGAUUAAGAUAGGGUCUUAUUCGGUGACAUUUACUGUACUAUUAAUUUCCUGGCAUAAAAGAUACUCCCGUAGGUGGUGCCAACAUUGUUUUUCAUUUUUCAGAUCUCUUUUUUAGAGCAUUUAAAGGAGUCAGAUACAUUUUCAAACCAUUUAAGAUGUAUUUUGAUAUUGAAUAGGUAGAGAGCAACAGAUAACAAAUGUUAAGUAUUAAUCUCAAUGUAGGUAAAGUUGCUUAUCAUAAAAUGCAUUUGAGUAGUUCCAAAUCAGCUGGCAUUAUUUUUUCUAUUGGUUAAAUCUCUCCUUUUGAUGAAAUUAAAUUACUCUUGAGAAAUACAACAGCAGUUAACCCUUAGCACGAACUUGGACAGGUGAUGUGCUCUUGUGCUCCUAAGCUUUAAUAUUCACAGAGCAGUAGGUCUUUAUUUUCCAAAGGAUAAAACUGCCUCAGUUCAAGGUCACACAGCCAUUAAAACUAGAGCUGGAUGCCAAACCCACAUUAGUUCAAUGCCAAAGCCCACAACCCAUAUAUUUUUACUAUUCUUGAGAUUGUAAAAUGAAGAGCCAAGUUAAAAAGCUCAAGGGUACAACUUUUUUCCAGAAAUAAGUGUUACUGCAUAAAUUUCAGGUACAAAUUAGGUUAAGAAGUAUAAUUACUACAUAAAUUCCAACUACAAAUUAGAGAAAUAAGUAAACAACUGAAAUAGAUAUUAAGUGCUGGUCACUGGGUAUAUAUAGGAAGGACACGUAACCACUUUGGAGGUCAAAGUUUUCUCAGAGGAGGGGGCGUGUAAGGAGUUUCAGGAAGGUCGGGUAGGAAGCAGGGUUUGAGAAGGGGGUGCAGAUGUUGUGGGGAGGUCCUGGCCGAGGAAGCAGUCGCAACAAAGGCCAGGAGGCCAAACCAAUAGCCUCUCUAAGAUUUCAUGUUUUGGCUUCAACUUACCUAAGUAAAAAGAAUAUAAUGUAACGUCCAGAGUUCUUAGGAAAGUUUGUGAAUAAAAAGUGACUACAUCUCCUGGUCUAGUGAAACAUUUUGACUUAAGAUCACAGACUUGGGAGUUUAUAUUUUGCCUGUUUCUCCAAAUGCCUAGGUGUCCUUGGAUUUGUUUUAGCUCAUAUAAAUAGGACUUCCCUGAAGACAUGGCCUGAUUGAUUGCCUUGUCCAGAAAGAUCCACAGAGUUGUAAACAUUAUGCUGACAAUUAUUGAAAACAAAACAAAACAUUGUCCUCCUGUUUGGAGGACUAAUAAUCCACAUACACCCAGAAUUGGGAAGGAUGUCGGAGGUAGACUGGAGGGAACGGAGAGGAGAUGGGGAGUCAUUGUGAAAAUACCUUAAAUAACACUUAACUCUACCUGCUUUCUCCUAUAAUGAAUAUGUAUUUCUUGGAGUAUAACUGCAAAGUUCUUUCUAAAGAAUUAAGAUCUUCAAAUGAGAAAGAUGGUGGUAAGCAAGGACUGUAAUGAAAUUUAUGGAGAGGUGAACAGAUAGAUGGUCAAAUUUUUACAUCAUGUCUGUUUAUACCAAUUUAAAAAGUUUGAUCCAAAAGAAUAAUGUUUGGCACAUUUUAAAAUAUGUAAUUCAUUAUGUAGUUUAAGCUGAAUAAAGGAAUUUUGAAAGUUUAGAUACAGAGCAGUAUAGUGCUAUGAAGUACUUCUUUUAAGAGUGUGGGCUGUGAAGGAGCCUGACUGGGUUCAGUUCCCAGUUUCACCACCCUAAUAGAUGUGUGACCUCAGCAAGUUAUGAGAACCCUCCUGUCCCUAAGUUGUGCCUUUGUAAAAUGGGCAAAAUCAUAAUAUCCACCUACACAGUUGCUGUGAGGAGUAAGUUAAUACUUGCAAAGUGCCUAGAAGAGGGACCUACACGUAGUAAACGUUAAACGACGUUGUUAAUCUUAGUAUACAGAAGUCGCAGACCGGCAGCCUGAACCAAGUCAGGCCUUCAGGCAUAUUCUGUUAUUCGGGCAUGGCAUUUGAAAAGGAGUGAGAAAUUGAAUGCCUUUAGACAGGACAGGUACUCUCCAUUUGGCUACAGGUCUCAGCAUGAGCUACUAUCUCACACCCCACCUGAUUCAUAAAUUCGUGUUACCUGCUUACUCUGUAAGCACUCGAGUUUGCAAGCAGUGAUUUAGGAGAAUUUGUGGAUGAUGGAUUAAUAAGUGAUCACCAACCAGAGGCUGGUUUCACUAAGCAUAGCCGUGCUUUCUCCCUGCAAGCCAAGUGUAUUUUAACUAUUGUUUACACAUCUGUCCCUCACUCAGCCAAAGUUCUUUUGAGUGCAAGACAAUGUUCUAUUCAUCUUUGUGUCCCCACAACCUAUCAUAGAUCCUGAUGCUACUCCAUAAACCUUUAUGGUCUGAAUGAACAUACCAGAGUAUAAGAUGGGAUAGUGGGAUCCGAGGAAAUGGGUUGGGGCUGAUAUGUAUAGGGCAAACUGGAAGUUCAUGUCAAAGAUGUGGUGGGCAGGGCUUCCCUGGUGACACAGUGGUUAAGAAUCCUCCUGCCAAUGCAGGGGACAAGGGUUUGAGCCCUCGUCCGGGAAGAUCCCACAUGCCAUGGAGCAACUAAGCCCGUGUGCUACAACUGCUGAGCCUGCGUGCCACAACUACUGAAGCCUGUGCCCCUAGAGCCCAUGCUCUGCAACAAAGAAGCCACUGCAAUCAGAAGCACAUGCACCGCAACGAAGAGUAGCCCCCAUUUGUCGCAACUACAGGAAGCCCAUGAGCAGCAGCGAAGACCCAAUGCAGCCAAAAAAAAAAAAAAAAAAAAAUGUGAGUAGACAGUGUAUAUGGUGUUCAAGCAACUAUUAUCAGGUAUAAUUGGAAAGCAGGGUGUGAGGAAAGAAAAGUAAGGCUGGAAAGGUAAAUCAUAGACAUAUUAAGGUGUUUGGAUUUGAAUAAUGGCAUGAGAUUUGGAAAUAAAUCACAAAAGGUCCAUAAUACAUUUUGUGUAUAUGCUUAUGAAUAUUGUUUGCGUUAUUUCUAGUGUAAUCGUAUCUUUGAUAAGCGUACCUUUUGAAUCAGAUAUGAGAUAGAAUAUUUUUGUUCUUAUUUGAUAAGUCUGUGGGUUGACUUUUUAUUACCCUGUACAAAUACUGUUUUCCUUUGAGUUACCCUUCUCUCAUUAAACAAGUCCUGCCUUG